AGUAAUAACUAAGAACUAACCCAAGCCAGUUGGUUUUCAGUGAAACACCUUUCUAUCCUAGCACGUUUAAGAUAGAACUACUAUACAUGAAUAGUAAUACCAAAAAAUACUUGGAAAUACGAUCAUCAUCCUUCUUCAAACACACUCACCCCUGCAAACUUUAGUUGUCAUGGUCGGUUCAUGAAUCACCCUCAUUUCUCAUUCUUUUUUAUACAAACUAUACAAUAUAAUUUAUAUAAAUUAUACUAGUAUAAACACUUUAAACCGCCCUAUCUAUAACACAUUGGUGUUCCACUAUAACUCUAAUUUAAUCCCACUCAAAAAAAUAAAAAUAAAAAACACUUUUUGACAAUAUAUAUAUCCUCUAUCUAUUUCAUGAUUUCUACCAACUUGCAUUGCUAACUCGUGCUCCUACUUGUUUAAAUCAUACAUACACAAAAAACCCUCUCAAACUUUCAACUUUCUUUUUACUUCCCAUAUUGUGGGGGGAUACCCUACUUCAAACUUUUUACUUUGCCCUAUAGUCUAAGGGUUACUACUUACUACCCUUCUUUUUUUAACCUCCUUUGCUUCUUCUAUAAAUAAGUCCGAUAGAUCAAUAAUAAUUUACAACAUAUUCAUCAUAAUUAACCUAAGCCGGUUUCUUAAUCCCAAAAAAAACACAAAUUAACGUUACAGUUUUGAUAUGGCAUAUAUUAUUAAAGUGUCUAUGUUUUUAACUAUGUUCUCGUUGUGUUCUAUAUUUAGCUUAAUCCAAGGAAGAAUUUUAACGUCGAUGCCUCUAAAUGAACCCUAUAAAAACUCCCAAAUUUCGAUACCACCUUCUCAAGCUCCAAAUGUUAAUAGCCCUAAGCCUCCUAGCUACAUAGAUGCUAGUCCUGCUCCUUCACCUAGUUAUGUUAACCGUGGUAGUAGUAGUAAUAGCACUAUAGUUCAAGCGAAUGUGUUUGAUGUUCGUUCGUAUGGGGCUAUUGGUGAUGGCUUAACAGACGAUACAUUAGCCUUCAAAUCAGCUUGGGAUGGUGCUUGCCAAGUCGACAAUGCAAAGGUUGUUGCACCUCGAGGAUUUUCCUUCAUGCUUCAACCUUUGGUUUUCACCGGACCUUGCAAAAGCGCUAUUGUGUUUCAGCUUGAAGGAACAAUAAUGCCACCAGAUGGACCAGAAUCAUGGCCUAAAAAUAGCAGCAAAAGACAAUGGCUAAUCUUUUAUAGAAUACAUGGAUUAACACUUCAAGGUGGUGGUCUUAUUGAUGGAAGAGGAGAUAAGUGGUGGAAUCUCCCUUGUAAACCUCAUAAGGGUAUCAAUGGGACUACAUUGCCUGGUCCUUGUGAUAGUCCAGUGGCCAUAAGAUUCUUUGGGAGCACAAAUCUAACGUUGAGAGGGCUAAGAAUCAUGAACAGUCCACAAUUCCAUAUUCGUGUAGAUUCAUGUCAAAAUGUGAGUGUGGAUUCACUUGUCAUUAAAUCUCCUGGCAAUAGCCCUAAUACUGAUGGAAUCCACGUUGAGAAUACAAAUGACGUCACCAUUCACAAUUCAGUCAUCUCUAAUGGUGAUGAUUGCAUAUCUAUUGGAGCUAACACUCAUAAUUUAGAUAUCAGGAAUGUUACGUGUGGUCCUAGUCAUGGAAUAAGCAUUGGUAGCCUAGGAGUCCAUAAUUCCAAGGCGUGUGUAUCCAACAUUACGGUUAGCAAUUGCAUGAUCAAGCACUCCGACAACGGGGUUCGGAUCAAGACAUGGCAAGGCGGGUUCGGAUCAGUAACCGGAGUGACCUUCGAAGCGAUCCAUAUGGACACGGUCCGUAACCCAAUUAUUAUAGACCAAUACUAUUGCCUCUCAUCCAAUUGCUCUAACCAAACUGCAGCUAUUUCAAUAAGUGAUAUAUCCUAUUCCAAUAUCAAGGGCACUUAUGACCCACGGACCCCUCCGGUCCACUUGGCUUGUAGCGAUGCGGUUCCUUGCACCAACAUCACGGUGUCGGGUUUAGAACUCUUACCCGCGGCCACAGCCACCACGACUAUGACAAAUGGUCACAAGCGUAAGAUGGAACCCUUUUGUUGGAAUGCUUAUGGGAGUAAUGUCGGAGAUUUGACUACUCCCCCUAUUUAUUGCUUGUUGGAGGGUUUGCCAUAUUUAGACGUGGGUAGUGAUGUUGGACAAUGUUAGGCUCGAGGGUUAUAUCGUAUAUUGUACAUGAAAGUAAAGUCAUCUUAACAAGUAAGGAUGUAUUGAGUAUUUGAGUAUGUAUAUCUCUUUUCUAGCCGGUAAUAACAAGGUGGAGAGGGAAUUAUUAACAGUUGUAUGUUAGAUUUCAUAUAAAUUUCACUAUGUAUUGCUUUUUAAUCGGUUGAUAAGGUGAUAUUAUAACCUUAUCACGAAGUAUGUAUCAAUUUUCAACGUGAAUGGUAAAUCGAUAAUUAUGUUUUAUUCCAAA